CUCGAGGUAUAUUAGAUACCAUCUUGAGUCUCUGUUUUAUCUUUUGGAUUCACAUGAUGCUAGAUUUUCUUGCGAUUGUGACUAAAGUCUUAAGAAAAUUCCAACAGAACGACAUUGUUUUAAUGGAAGUGCCAAUCAUUAUUGAUGAUUGCAUUGAUGCUUUAUCAGACCUUCUACAGCAAUGUGGAGAUUAUCGUAAGAAGUUCAAUGCUAUGUUCAAUGCACAUGAGAACACAUUUGGUACAUUGCAACUUAGUUCUCGGCGAUCAACCAGAGGUGGCAUCCAUGCUAACACUGUUACCACUGUCGACUUAGAUGACGACGCAGAGAAGUUUGUGAAGGGUGCUUUGUCAUAUCUGAAAAUGCGCUUUGGUUGCUUCAAAAAUCCACCAUUGUCACAUUUCGCAGCAUUAAACUUUAAGAAAUGGCCAUACGAUGAAACCGAGAGAAAGAGCUUUGGUCAUGACGACAUCAGCGGUUUAGUUAAAGCUUUUGAGUUAGCACUGAAAAAUGCCAGCUGCAAUGUGGAAAGUGUUCGCAGUGAGUGGGGGAAACUGAAACGCCGUGUAGUCUCACUUCGAACCUCUCCUAUACUUUCAGUCUACACUGAUCUAUUGAAAGGUGAAUUCAGCAACCCCGACGGUGACCUCUCGAAUAUUCUGCACCUUGUGCACAUCAUGCUCACUAUGAGUCCCAGCACUGCUGAAUGUGAACGGCAGUUCUCAGGCAUGAAAAUUAUAAAGGCCAAUCGGCGAUGUUGUCUACAGCAAGACACAUUGAACGACCUUAUGAGGGUGCAUUGUGAUGGUCCAGAAUUUCAGAAGUUUGACCCUGAUCCCGCCAUAAAUGCUUGGAUUCUUGGGUCAACUGGUUGGCGACACGUUCAUGGUCAUCGUCUUCCCAGAAAGAAAACAAAUGUGAAAAGUAGUGGCGGGUCUGAUGGAUCAGACAGUAGUUAGGUCUACCUUUAUGUUGCAUAUUGCAAAGUAGCUGCUAAGGCUUAGAGCAUAACACCUCUUGCAGUUACUGAGCACCAAUAGCUAUUUCAGAUCGUCUCAAUUCUUAGUCUAAAU